AUGGCCCUCCUCGCCGCCGCCCGCCGCGCCGCCACCUCCUCCCUGCCCCUCCUCCGCGCGUCCACCGCGUCGCGCGGCGCCGCUGCCAUGCUCCGCCCCCUGGCCGCAGCCGCCGCGCGGCCGAUGCCCUUCUCGUCGGCCGCCGCGGCGCGGCCCAGCUCCGACGACGAGCUGCUCCGCGUCAUCAAGUCCGAGAUCAAGUUCGCCGAGGACUGCGACGACCAGGACCGGGUUGAGGAGAUCCCAGAGAACUUCCCUUUCAAAAUCACCGACAAGAAGGGGCUCAACGAGAUCACUCUCACAAGAACUUACCAGGGCGAGAAGAUCGAGGUGUUGGUCUCCAUGCCCAGCCUAGUCACUGGAGACGAGGCAGAACAUGACCAGGACGAGGAUGACAAAGAGAAAGACGAUGAUCAGGAAGAUGGCGAGAAGGCCCCGAAAUCCACCAUCCCCCUCACAGUCACCGUCUCCAAGAGCGACGGCCCGAGCCUCGAGUUCACCUGCACCGCCUACCCUGACGAGAUCAUGAUCGACACCCUGUCCGUGAAGCAGCCUGCAGCGAACGAUGAUGAGGAGCUGAUCGCAUAUGAGGGCCCCGAUUUCAACGACCUCGACGAGAACCUUCAGAGGGCAUUCCACAAGUACCUGGAGCUGCGUGGAAUCUCACCCUUGACUACUAACUUCCUGCACGAGUACAUGAUCAACAAGGACAGCCGGGAGUACCUCUUCUGGCUGAACAAGCUCAAGGACUUCGUCAAGCAGUAGAGGUAGUUAGAACUACUGUCCCCCUAGCACAAGAUGAGUCAAUGAAUGUGCAAAGCACAUUCUGUUUUGAGACCUCUGAACUAUG